UAAUAUUUGAUGAUUUGUAUUAUGUAUGUUUAAAAAUGAAAGAAAAAUCAUCACUACAUCUCCUUCAUUCCUUCACAAAGUAUCGGUUCGAUUCAUUUGUUAUGGGCAUGUUUUGUGAGAUUGAAAUAAAAUGCUGAUGUAAAUAAAUAAACCGUUAGGAUAAACAAUACGCCGAUACCACCGAUAUUGGAAAUUCUGAAUUCGAUGAGAACGAUUGUGAAAUUAUUUAUUUAGCAAUCACAUGGCAUAGAAUCUCGUUUACUAUACGUAAUCGAUGCGCAAACCAAAUCAAAGACAUUAGAUUCAAUUCAAUCAUGUUCUCACAGAGUGAAACAUGGUGGUGUACAGAGUAUGCUGACAGCAUUCAUGACAUUUUACGUAAAAGAGAAGGUGAUCGUUUGUAUUUUGAAAACAAAGCACCACAAAUCAAAUGGCGAAUACAUUUAAUUCAGCUAAUCCUGGAUAUUGCACGGAAACAUAGAUUUUCGAAAGAAACCGUUCAUUUGGCUGUAUAUUUCACAGAUAUAUUCAUGGAUAAUCACAUGGUUCGAUUGUGGCGACUUCAUUUGGUAGCUUUGGUAUCGCUUCGUAUUGCGGCAAAAAUCGAAGAGAAAAUUUUUGCACUGACUCGGAUUGAAGCCCUUAAUGCGACUGCCAAUUAUUCCAAAGAAGAUUAUAAUAUCUUAGAAACAAUUAUGUUAAGAAUGCUUGACUGGGAUCUGACUGUGCCGACGGCCAUUGUAUUCGCUACCUACUAUGCCGAGUUCAUAAUCACCGAAGUCGAUUACAGCAAGUCUUGUGAUUUUGACAGUUUUGAACAUUUCAAAAACGAUUUAAAAUCGGAUGUCAUUGAUUUCGUAAACUUAAGCUUAUUUGAUAUAUUCAUGACACAUUCAAUUCAACCAUCGAAGUUGGCGGCAAUGUGUUUGGCGGCUGUUCGAUUGAAACGCAAUAUAUUGCCAAUUUGGCCAUUAAAUUUGAUCAGACUCACCCGAUAUCCAUGGGAUGCAAUCAAACCUGAUUUCAAAAAAUUAUUUGAUAUCAAAUUGCUGGCAAGCAGCGAACAACUAAGGCUAGAACUUGAAGUUGGCAUCAGCCAAGAAGCAGAGUUAGAAUUCGACUAAACUUUAAAAUGAUCAAAUUGUAGCAACUGUU